AUGCGUUAUGUAAUAUACCUGUUGAUCCUAGUAUACGAGGUGCAAUGUAUACCGAGGAAUAAAAAUAGUGUGUCCGUUAAAGGCAAUGUUAGUAAUAUUGACAAAUGCACCAAUGUAUUACCAGAAGAUCUAAAAGAAGAGAUUGCGGAGUAUCAAGAUAUUGUUAACGAAAUAUUACAAUACGUGAUAGAAGGGGAUUUCAAGGGCAAAACUUAUGAUGAAUUGGCUAAGUUUGUGGAUAUGUUUGGACCAAGACCUGCUGGUUCCGAAGUGCUUGAAGAUUCAAUCGAUUAUAUGAUUAAAUUAACUAACACCCAAAAACUAUAUGAUGUCGUCACGGAAGAAGUAACGGUACCACAGUGGAAAAGAGGAAAAGAAAAAAUAGUUAUGUAUGAACCAAGACAUAAGAUUAUACCAGUUUUAGGUCUGGGCGGCAGUAUUUGUACGCCACCUGAAGGAAUAACAGCUGAGGUUGUUGUUGUUAAAAGUUUUAAAGAUUUGGAAAACUUAAAAAAACAUGAUGUUUUAGGAAAAAUUUUGGUUUUUAAUUCAAAAUUUACAGCUUAUGACGAAACCGUAGUUUAUAGAUAUGACGCAGCUAGUAGAGCUGCAGAAAAAGGUGCUGUUGCUGCAUUGAUUCGUUCAAUUACACCAUUUUCUAUAAAUUCUCUUCAUACUGGUAUGAUGUCAUACCGAGAAAAUAUAACGAAUGUACCAGCUGCAGCUAUUACUAUCGAAGAUGCAGAACUACUUAAAAGGAUAUAUGAUAGGGGUGUUAAAAUUGUGUUAAAUAUUCAAAUGCAAUCGACACGAGACACUAAGAUUUCUAGAAAUACACUAGUAGAUUAUAAAGGAAUACAAAAUCCGGAGAAACUUGUAAUUGUAUCUGGUCAUAUAGACAGCUGGGACAUUGGACAAGGUGCUAUGGACGAUGGUGGAGGUCUAUUUAUUAGUUGGGCUGUCCCCGUCAUACUUCGCCGAUUACAUUUAUUACCGAAAAGAACUAUACGUUCUAUAUUUUGGACUGCAGAAGAACUAGGGUUGAUAGGUGCUUUUGCAUAUGAAGAAAGGCAUCGAAACCAGAGUGACAAUAUUAAUUUUAUUAUGGAAUCUGAUGAAGGCACAUUCGCACCGCUGGGCUUAAGUGUCGCGGGUAAUCAAGAGGCUCGCUGUAUAAUUGCGGAGAUCCUGAAACUGUUUAAAUCAAUUAACGCAUCUACUCUAAUAGAGGACGACAAUCCUGGAUCAGAUAUAACAGUAAUUGUAAAAAAUGGUGUACCAGGUGCUAGUUUUUACAACGCAAAUGAUAGGUAUUUCUGGUAUCAUCACAGUGAAAGCGAUACUAUGACUGUUCAGGAUUCGCACGUAAUGGAUUUAGGAUCUGCAUUUUGGACAGCAGCAGCGUAUAUUAUUGCUGAUAUUUCUGUUGACAUUCCGCGUUAA